AAUUGACACACCUUCUGUAGUAACUGCUGCUCAGUUUUGACAGUAUUGUGAGAUUUCCUGGUGUUGUUGAUGGCUCUGAGACGCUCAAAGAAGCAGAGAAAUGAGCCUCCGGAAGCACAUCCUGGGCCUGGUGGCAAGCGGACACGCAAGUCAACCCAGCCAUUUGAAGCUGGUGUCAACCCGCCUCCUACACCUUGUACACGUCUGCCAUCGCCUCCGCCAAUUGCUGUACGUCCUUCUCGACCGCAAAAUAGUGCUCCGAGCACACCCGCUGCCAGCCAGAACGAGCUGAUUUUUGUCCCCGAAGAGGAAGAGGUUAAAGGACACGAGGACAGCAACAACGGCAGCGAGGAGGAGGAGGCAGAACCAUACCCAGAGGCUGUUGAUGACCUAGCUGUCGCCAGAGACGGUGAAGGUGCCGAGGUCGCUGCUGGGCCCGCUGAGGCUGUCAAAGACGCUGCAGAGGAGUCAGCCAGUGCCUUCUCAGAAGAUGGACACGUUGUGGUUGCUACUAUUCAUUACCGUGCUUCCUUCACGGAUGUCGAGAAAUCUACAAUCGCGAACGCAUCGUACAGUGUUGCUAACUACAAGCUUGACGACCUGUUGAUGGUGGACGUGUGGGAUGAUUGGGUGGACGAGACUGUCAACUAUCUACUGCCUCAAGCAGUCAACAUUGCGAGUCUCACAGCCGUAGUCUAUCCAAACAAGUCAAAAGUAAUAGACAGGCUGCCACAGCAACUGCGACGCAGUAACUAUCUUGAUUUAGACGCUCUGAAAAGUUAG